UUUCCUCCAAAAAUCGCAUCCCUACAAAUCCCCAACGCUACCAGAUUAAGCCCGGCAGGGCGGCACCUGCAGCUCCCAUCCGCUCCGAUUCGCCGCCGGCAAGGCAUCAUGCAGAUCCGUCAACCACCCGACCAUCUCAUGGUGAUGGCCACCGCGGCGGCCGCCAUGGACGUGGAUGCGCCGGCGCCGGCGCCGGUGCCCGACGGAAACGCCGCCGCCAACAAGCAGGGGCGGCGCGGGCGGCGCGAGAUGCGCCGGAUCGAGGACUCCACGAGCCGCCAGGUGACCUUCUCCAAGCGCCGGAGCGGGCUACUCAAGAAGGCGUACGAGCUGUCGGUGCUGUGCGACGCCGAGGUCGCGCUCAUCGUCUUCUCCCCGCGCGGCCGCCUCUACCAGUUCGCCUCCGCCGCCGACUUGCAGAAUACAAUUGAUCGGUACCUGAAGCACACGGAAGGCACACUUGCAAAUGGGAAAGUUGAAACAGGCAUAGAGAAGUGGAAAUAUGAGGCUACAACCUUGGGAAAGAAGAUAGACGCAAUUGAGACAUACAAGAGGAAGCUGCUUGGAGAGAACCUUGGAUCUUGUUCAGUUCAGGAGCUAAAAGAACUGGAGGCACAGCUCGAGAAGAGCCUAAGCAUAAUCAGGCAAAGGAAGGAAAGGAAGCUGAUGGAUCAAAUUCUAGAGUUGAGGGAGAAGGAGCAGAAACUGUUGAUGGAGAACGCGAUGCUCCGUGAUCAGUGUAAGGCCCUGCCUCUGCUAGAACUGAAUGAUAAUAAGGAGCAUGACCAUCAUAUGGAUGGUGCUGGUGACGGCGGCGAAGAUGAUGAAGCAGCAGCGGCGAAGGAGGACGUGGAGACGGAGUUGGCCAUCGGUAUUAUUGGAAGCAGGAGACUUACUACUCAAGCGCCUGCGCCGAGGCUCCAUCAGCAGCCUGCACCUGCACCUGCACCUGCAGGAGAUCAUAUCGAUCUACGAGCGCCUGCAUGAGGACUAACAACCAACAGUACACCUGGGUAGUGGGCUCGACUUACGGCUGUACUGUUUGUGUGUUGCCCAUUAGCAAAUAUCCAUGCAUGAUUAAAAUUAAAUGCAAGUUGUGGCUAGCUGAAUCAAGACAAGAUACAUACAUGUGUGUGUCCAUAUAUAAGAAAAACUAGAUGGUCUCGAUGAUGUGAUGUGAUGGCUACAAAUAACAUUUAAGCUUUACUUGCAUUAUUGUAUAUAUAUACCACUAGCUUAAUUAGUAUAGAA